AUGACGGCUUCGCCAGCUCUCCAACGUCGGGAGGGCGUCCCUUUGGUUUCCAUCGUGUCGGGCUGGAGCAGACUUCCGCUUCGCCUCUGCUUGACCGCGGCCACCACUCUGUACAAGUUGCAUCGCAAUCCCAACAAGAAGCGAAACACCACGGCGAAGGCGAUGAGAAAUAUGCAUGCACCGGCGUACUGGCCGGCCGUACUGGGUGUAAAGGCCGAGGACCAAAGAGGCGUGCUUGUGGAGGCGAAGAAGACCAUGGUCAUGGACUCCAUGGUCAUGGUCAUGUUGGAUGAUGGCAUGGGCAUGGCACCGGCUGUUGAAGAAGGCAUUGCCAUGGACAUUGACGACGAUGCUGCGUCCAUGUUGGCGAUUGUUGCGUGUGCGUAA